GCCUACAAUAGAAGGCGGUGUUUCAGAAGUUGAGAUAAUUUCACAACAAGUCGAAGAAGAGACAAAAAGCAUUGCUCCUGUACAGCUUGUGAAUUUUGCAUAUCGAGAUCUCCCUUUAGCUGCACUUGAUCUGUCUGUGGCUGGGUCCCAACUUUUGUCAAAUUUGGAUGAGGAGUACCAAAGAGAAGGAUCUAACUGGCUAAAACCGUGCUGUGGGAGACGAGCAGCUGUGUGGCAGGUAUUUUUGAUCAGUGCAAGUCUCAACAGUUUCCUGGUAGCCUGUGUAGUAUUGGUGGUGAUUCUUCUGACUCUGGAACUCCUAAUAGAUAUAAAGCUUCUCCAGUUUUCAAGCGCUUCACAGUUUGCAGGAGUAAUUCAUUGGAUCAGCCUAGUCAUCCUGUCUGCUUUCUUUUCAGAGACUAUUUUGAGGAUUGUGGUCCUUGGCAUAUGGGAUUACAUUGAAAACAAAAUAGAGGUGUUUGACGGUGCUGUCAUCAUUUUGUCCUUGGCACCAAUGGUGGCUUCAACAGUGGCUAAUGGCCCCAGCAGCCCAUGGGAUGCAAUCAGCCUUAUUAUCACACUGCGAAUAUGGAGAGUGAAGAGGAUCAUUGAUGCCUAUGUCCUCCCAGUGAAACUGGAGAUGGAGAUGAUGAUUCAGCAAUAUGAGAAGGCAAAGGUUAUUCAAGAUGAGCAACUGGAAAGACUAACCCAAAUCUGCCAAGAACAAGGGUUUGAAAUCAGGCAGCUGAGGGCCCACCUUGCUCAGCAGGAUUUGGACCUGGCUGCAGAGAGAGAAGCUGCGCUGCAGGCUCCACAUGUGCUGAACAAACAGAGCAGCAACAGGUAUAAGGUGGUAGCAACUGAAGAUUCGGAUGACGAAGCCACCGAGAACAUCACUGAGUUGCGACCUCCACGAG